CUGAAAGUUCGAAGUUCCCACGACGCGGCUUAGACUUUUCGCAAGUGGUGACGUAUGGGGCGUGAAAAGGCCGGCGGCGCCCCGAAUGGCACACGCAGAGUCGUUCGGGAAUCCUGACGUGCAGACACGGGCUUUCUCUCAGACUCCCAGAGUGAAGACACGGCGCUCCCGUCACCGUAGCCCCCGACCUCCCUCCCAUUCGGGAUGCUAAAAGCAAAAGCAAUAGCACAAGUCCUCGCGCAAGCAGCGACCGACGAUGUGCGGGCAGCCCUUCUCCUCCAACAAGACGGCUCGCUAAUCUCCUUCGCCGGCGCGCCCGAAAAAGAAGCGAAAGUCAUCGCCGCCGUCGCCUCCAAUGUCUGGUUCGCGUACGAGCGCAACGGGAAGCCUGCGAGCGGGGGGGCUCGCGUUGGGGGGGACAACGCGCAUGCGCAACCGCCGCAGAGGCAAGGGGAGGGGAUGAGGAGUUUGGUGUUGGAGUGCGAGCAUGGGAAACUGGCGCUUUCGAAAAUCAGUCGGAUGCUGCUGUGCUUGGUGGCCGAGGAGAAUGUUGAGUGGGGCUUGUUGAAUGCUAAGACGAAAGCAUUACAAGAUCAUUUGGAAGGGCCAUUGGAGUUGGUUGCUUGAUGGGGAGAUUUGACGGGGUAGGGAAAGGCUUCAUCUGAUGAAAAAGGCGCCGGCGGGUCCAUCUAAUGCCACAUGUACACUUCGAGGCGGACAGCCGCGGUGCCGACAGCUCGUUGGGCGUGAGGGCUUUUGUACAUAUGAUAUCUAGCUUCGCUGUAGAAAGAUUACCAAUUUUGUCGUGGUACUCAAUGUAAAGACCUCCACUCAAA